CUCUCUCUCCUACUUUAUGAGGAUGGUGAAGAUUGUGCCACGUAGGCGUCAAGGAGGGAAAUCCCUUCCUUGACAAGGAUACCCAUUAAUCUCUUUCUAUAUAUAUAAAAAACAUUAUCUAAAAGCUAGAUGGGGUUUUUAUUUUUUUCCGGUUUUGCCAUCCAUUUUACAAGUUAUCUUCAAUUUUAACAUCUUCAAUUUGUUUUGGGCCCAAGGGCAUUGCAGGUAGUACAAGCCAAAUUUCAUCAUUUACUGUUUAUGGAUUUAUUUCCCCUUUUGCCCAUUUGGUUGUUUUUUCCUCUCUAAUUGUAUAUUCAUAUAUUUAGUAAUGAUGCUCCCAAAUAAUCCCUCCCUCACCAAAGGCCCUGCCGGCCUGGCGUUCGCAUCCCUCCCAUCCUCGUUGAGACGAAAAUCUAAGAGACGAUGGAAGGUGUUGGGUGGAUGUGAUUAGAAGCAUGGUGGAGAUUUGUUUGGGAGAUAUAAAGAGGAGGUAAGAGGAUCUGUGUUCUCUCCUAAAAAUUGAUCACUUUCUCAAAAGCCUAAAGCCUUCAAAGAUUAUCAUCACCAUCAGAAGAUCUGUGGUUGUAUAUCAUCAGUCUCACAGGAAUGGGGGAUUCAGAGACUGAGACGGGCACUCAGAUUGAGGGUGUGGAAUCAAGCAAAGAUUCAUGGAAAAGUGACUCUGAGGAUAUGGACUAUAGCGAUGAUUCAUGGAAGCCCAAUUCUGAUUAUGAAGCAUACUCUUCAGAUGAGACUAACCCCGAUGUGAUAUUGGCCGACCGUGAAAAUUUGGAGUACUCAGACAUAGAAAUGAAUGUAUCUUCAGUGGAUGAAAAUAAUAAAAAUUGCUUUGCUUAUAAUUUAGACGAAUAUGAUGACUUGGAUGAUUGGUGCACAUAUGACUUUGAUCCCAAUCUAGGAAGUGUUGGAAUUUCUGGAGGUGGAUUGUGUGCCAAUAUGACUUCGGAUGAUGCUAAAAAGAUGAAGAACAUGAAACUUGAGGAGGACAAUACAGAAGAAUCUGAGCCAAUAGAGAUAAAGCAGUCAGACACCAGUGAAUCACGUACCUCAUCUAAAUGAUCAAGCCCAUGUAGGAUAAUAUAGCUAUGUGUUUAUUUUGGAUUUUUUGGUGUACAUGAGUAGCCAAACUAAGUGAGUAUGGCCAUGUGGGAUAAUAUAGCUGUGUUUAUUUUGGCUUUUUGGGUGUACAUGAGUAGCCAAACUAAGUGACUAUGACCAUGUAGGAUAACAUAGUUAUGUGUUUAUUUUGGCUUUUUCGAUGUACAAAGUAGAAAUAUAUCUUUUGAGGAACACGGUGUGAGAUAUCUUUAAGCUAUGUAUGAAUCAAUUCGUAAAUCAAUGAAGUAUCUGUGAAAUCAUGUUGUCCGGUUUGGUUAUUAUUCUUUUUAUUUAUACAUUGACAAUGUUUUGCUUAAAAUAAGGAUGAAAAAUCAUAAAUAAGAUUAAAAAGAUAUAUGGUGUAUCACCUAUCAUGUUGUUAUUAAUUUACCCUUGGCACUACCACAUGUACUACAAAUAUUGUUAUAUACUUUGACUUGUAGGCUGUCUAAAAAUCACAAUAGAUAGCUUAUCCUCCAUCAA